CUCCUUUUCUUACCCCUUCGUAGAGUUUCAAAUACACCCUAAGGAGAGGGAACAAAAUAAAAAUAAACGAAAAUGAAAGAGGAUCCCAAGAACAGCCUACACAGACAGACAUUUCCCCAUCUUCUCCUCCCAAGAAUAACCAACGAAUAAAGAUAUCCAAUUCUUCACUUCUGUUGUUGAUUAUCCAUUUCCCACCCUUAUUCUUUUUCAUUUUUUUUCUUUAUUCCCUCCCAAUUUCCCCUUUUCUUCCUUUUAGAGCCAACCCAAUGAUGUAGGCAAGCUUCAGCCCCUCUUCCGUUGUUCUUGGGUGAGAAACUUCAAUUGACAUAUCUUUAAUCUUUUUUCUGGAUUUUGCUUCAAUCUUCCAUCAUGUGGCUCUUUACUGGGUAUUGAGAAGUUGAUUACGGUUCAAAAGGAAAACAGGGGAAGAAGAAAGCUGUUGUUUUUCCUAAUAUGUUGUGAAAUUUUCAAAGAUACCCAGAAAGAGUUCUUCGAAGAGAUAUGGCUACUAGGGAAGAAGAGACAGCAGUUGCUGAAACUCAAGAAAUCCCAGAAAUGCAAGGGAAUUUCAUCUUGGAAGACCCUUCACCAAUAUGUGUGUUGGAGGUUCCUAUCUCGGGAGGUUCAGACCCAGACCCAGAUCCUGAUCACACCACUAGUUCCACCGGCUCUGGCAGCACGCGGUCGGAGAGCCAGCCGAUCGACGAUGUCACAGACACAGAAAUAGACCCCUCAAAGGAUUGGAACCAAUGGAAAUCCAUGUUCGAAAACAUUAGGAAGAAGUCAGUGAGGCGGUUCUCUGUAAUUCCAUUUAUCACUACCUACGAGGUUAUCACCAAGAAAAACAUCAAGAAGAAACUUUCCCGGGUUACGAACCCCUGCGAUGUUGUCAUUGACUAUGAUGGGUUCCCUGUACCUAAACCUUCUUGGAGGAACUUUGAUUUUAGCGAGCUCACUGCUGCUACCGAUGAUUUCUGCCCAGAGAACUUGAUAGGGAAAGGGGGUCAUGCAGAAGUAUACAGAGGGCAAUUACAUGAUGGUCAAAUUGUGGCUGUGAAGAAGAUAAUGAAAGCUGAGAAACAAGAUGAUGACCUAAUAGCUGAUUUCUUAUCAGAGCUUGGGAUAAUUGCACAUAUAAACCAUCCAAAUGCAGCUAGACUUAUAGGUUUCAGCAUCGAUAGUGGUUUGCAUCUUGUCCUAGAGUUCCUACCAUAUGGAAGCCUUGCAAAUAAGCUCCAUGGGUCAGGAGAGUUUCUAAAUUGGGAGAAAAGAUACAAAGUUGCUAUAGGUAUUGCAGAAGGUCUUAGGUAUCUUCACCAUGAUUGCCCUAGGCGUAUUAUCCACCGAGAUAUCAAAGCUUCAAACAUCUUGCUUGGCGAAGAUUAUGAAGCUCAGAUUUCUGAUUUUGGAUUAGCAAAAUGGCUCCCAGAGAAUUGGGUUCAACACAUUGUCUACCCAAUUGAAGGCACAUUUGGAUACUUAGCUCCAGAAUACUUCAUGCAUGGAGUGGUGGAUGAGAAGACAGAUGUAUUUGCCUUUGGAGUACUAUUGUUGGAGAUCAUCACAGGUCGCCACGCAGUUGACUCCAAUAGACAAAGCCUUGCUAUGUGGGCAAAACCAUUGUUGGAGGAUAAUGAUGUGAGUACAUUGGUGGAUCCAAGAUUAGGAAAUGAUUUCGAUCCCAUCGAGAUGAAGCGUGCAAUGGUGACAGCCUUUCUAUGCAUUGACCAUGUCUCCAAGAUGCGACCGUCCAUGAGUCGGGUUGUGCAAUUUCUAAACGGGGAAGACCUAGCAAUAGAUAUGGUGAUGAUAUCUAAGACCAACUCAGGGAGAGCAGUGAUAUUGGAUGCUAGUGACUUGCAAGAUUACACGUGUACCAACUACCUCAACGACCUUAACCGUCACAUGCAGCUUGUGAUGGAAUGAAUGAAGAGUCAUCAUAAGCAGAGAGUUCUGUUAUAUGGGAAAAAAGGAAUACUCCCAAUGGGGUUUUGGCUAGCUUGGGCACCAUUCGCAUGGCUGAUAUGUUCUUCUUCUAUGACUUGUCCACAUGAGAAAAGAGGGGUUGGUUCAAACAAGGAGAUGAAGAGAAGGAGAGGAUGGAUGGAUGGAUGCCUUUUAUAAAUUUGUGGUGUGGGCGGAGGAAGAAAAGUCCAUUUGAUAUUAAUCUGCUUUCUUUUUCUUCUUCUGCUUCUUGUUUUGUUGGUAGAGGCAUUUUUCAUAGGUUAUUUGUAAAUGAAGCAAAGGAAAAGAGGAAGGGGCACUGUUACUCUUAUGUGACUGGGAAGCCACACGUACACGCAACUUAUGAAAGUAUGGGGCUAAUUUCAUUCAAGUUUUUGGACAUGAAAUUAAAAUCUAUACAACGGAAAAGGGAAAUUUUUGUUUCUCCUAUUUAUUUAUUUCUCAUUUCUCCUAUUGUGUUUAGAAUUUAGAUGUAC